AUGGACGAACCCAACAUCUGGCCCCGCAGCCGCAUCAUCUCCCUCAAGCAACGCACCGAGCCCCUAACCCCACUCAUACGCUCAAGAUUCCGAACCUUCGCCGACCACAACAUCGACGUCAUCUACACCGCCCAGACCCCAGAAUACAUCCGAAUCCGCGUAUGUUUCUCCGAGAUGGACGUCCAAUCCGAGAUCCACACCAUGGGACUCGGCGGCAUCCUACUCCCCGAAUACCGGGUCCUGGGGGUCCUCGUGACCGCAUUGAAGCGAUUGCAGAAUAAGCAUCGGAUUAUGUGGUACGCGAAUGACGAGCCCGGGGUGUGUCGGUUCGAGAUGUUGUUUUUGUUUUAUCCGUGUACGGCGUGCGUGGGGUCCGAGUUUGAGUAUUUGUUUCUCGAGCUGCAGUAUCUCAUUGAUGAGCAGUGGCGCAGGGUGUUUCAGAAGUUGCCGGAUUUGAGGUUUCCGUAUUUUUAUGGCGUUUGUGAUGGGGUGCAGUUGUUUGAUUAUUUGGAGUUGGAGAGGGCGGGGCAGGAAUCGGUGGAGUGA